UAAACUGCACUUCCGGUCGAUGAGACGUGGCUACAGUGGAAAAUCCUUAAAGAGGAAAAAGUCUGUGUGCUACAGCUGCAGUGCUUUAGGUCUCCACCACAGAAGCGUCUGGAUGGCAGGGUCAAGCCGGAGUAAAACCGAUAGGAAUAGCAGCAGGGCUCCUCUCUACCUUACAGCAAUGUUCCUCCCGAGUGCCUUGCGGAGGUCUGGGCUGAUGAGUGUGGGACCAGAGAGGCCCAUGUGGGCAGUUGCUGUACUUCUCGUUGCUGCCGCCCUGCUGGCUGUCACCUCCACUUCAUCCUUUGGUGGAAAAUUGAUAGCUCAGACUGCUAUGACCCAAACAAAGACUGCACCUGCAGGGCCAGGUCCAUGGACCACUAAGGACUUUUUAGAUGUCCAGUACCUGAACGAGCUGUUCCUCAUAGAUAACUUGGAUGUUUGGUUAUGUUCGCUUGUGGGAUCGAUUGCCAUCGGGCUCAGUGGGGUCUUUCCACUCUUAGUGAUACCUAUUGAAGCUGGAACAACCCUAAAAACGGAGGCUGGAUGUCAGAAGCUGAAGAAGCUGCUGAGUUUUGCCAUUGGCGGUCUCCUUGGUGACGUAUUUCUCCACCUCCUGCCUGAAGCGUGGGCUUACACUUCCAGCUUUGAUGGGUGCCACAGACACUUCAGAGCACAGGGCUUGUGGGUGGUAGGGGGUCUACUCUCCUUCCUGAUCUUGGAGAAGAUGUUUCCUGAUCAAGACAGUGAGCCAGAGAAUAAAGAUGCUUCUCAAAGAGCCACCCCCUGUUUAACAGAUCUGAACAGCGAGGUUUCUGUGUCUUCACAAACAAAUGGCAUCUGCUCUAACAACAACUCCGACUCCAAGCCAAAGACUGACAUCAGCCCUUAUGCAGAGCCAGAGAAAAUCAAGACUAGUGGUUAUCUAAACCUUCUUGCUAACUGCAUUGAUAACUUUACCCAUGGGUUGGCAGUGGCAGGAAGCUUCUUGGUGAGCAGAAAGGUUGGUGUCUUGACCACACUCGCUAUUCUGCUUCACGAGAUUCCCCAUGAGGUGGGAGAUUUUGCCAUUCUGCUACGAGCAGGUUUUGACCGUUGGAAAGCCGCCCGUAUGCAGCUAUCUACAGCACUAGGAGGAGUCUUGGGGGCUUGUUUUGCUCUUUGCUCCCAAUCACAGCAUGGGGCAGAGAAUGCUACUGCUUGGAUCUUGCCCUUCACCUCGGGUGGAUUUCUUUACAUUGCCUUGGUUAAUGUGGUACCUGAUCUAUUAGAGGAGACCAAUCCUAGGAACUCAUUUCAGCAGGUUCUGCUGCUCUUUUGUGGGAUAGCAGUCAUGGCUUUUCUAUCAUUCAUCAUAGAAUAAACACAGGCGUUUGCUGCUCUUAUCAAGGUACAUCUAGCAUACUGGAGGACUUCAUUUUUUCAUCUUGGAGACAGUUCAGCACUCUUUAAGCUUAACAUAGACAAUUUUGUCAAUCCCAAAGACAAUGUAAGGGGUGUAAGUGGAAAGAAACAACCUUGACAAUCAGGCACGUAUCCUUUACAUACCGUCUGUGUUGUCCCAAUGAAAUUUAGACUGAAUCUGUGAUGCUUUAUAGGUCCCAGCUUAGGUUUCUCUCAUAAAAAAAGAGCAGAAAUGUGUAUGGUUUGUGCAGUGGACUGUUAUGCCUCGUAGAUUAUGAACAAACUUGUUACAAGUGCCAGAAUGUUUUUAAUCAUAUAAAGUCUCUGUUGUCAGAAGGUCACAAAAAUCUAUAUAAUUUGCUUUGAUAAAAGUACUAAUGUGCGUGUGAUGUGCAGGUUUUACGUAAGAUUCAACACUAAUUUAAUUUAGACACUCCAGAUUCUGUUAUCAAAGACAAAACAUGUGCUGCAUAGACUUACCUAAUAAGAUUUUGGAGGACAUUAUCAUUAAACGGGAUUAUUUGUUUCCAUUAAGCUGCUGCUGCCUCACUGUCAUUAGUGAUUCCAAGCAAGAUGAACAUACAUAAGCUCCCUGUGCACACCUCACUUUGUUAAAAAAACAAACUGUUUUAUUUGACUCCAUAUUAUAUCAUUUGUAGAGUCCUCAAUGAACACACUCCAUAUGCCAAACAUGCUCUUUAAAAUUCUUGUGUAUUAUUCCAUCUUGUGUUUCUUUUUCUACAGUAUUUAGUUUUUGUUAUCAGUUGUGUUUUGAUAGCCACUACACUGCUUCAUUUUACCUUUUAUUGGACUGAUUUUCAUACAGUUUAUUGUGGUUGUGGCAUUGCAAUUGACAAUCUUAAGUGGUUCAGAGUGACUUGGUGGAUUAUUCUACGUUAACUGACUUUGUGCCAUUUUAUAUAUGUAGGCCAUUUUUAAAAGAGUUUUUUUGUCAUAGUUCUGUAUAUGAAAUGUUACUGAAAAAGCGUUAUGAACCCAUCACUUGGCAACAACGUAUUGCCAGAAUGUAAAUAUUUAAACAAAAAGAGAUUAUAUAUAUUUAUUCUGUCAUUUUGAAAGUUUUAAGAUCUCAAAGUCCCUUCAUUGUUAUUGUUGAAAUAAAGAAAAGUUACUGUUUGA